UAGCAAGGAAGAAUUGAGAAAAUAGAAAAAUAAAAAUAAAAAUAAAAAAUACGUAAAAGAAAAUCGUGAAGGGGUCCUAUUAAUAUAUACCCAGAACAGAACUAGGGCACGCUGUCGGUUCCCGCACGCCAUGGCUAACAUCUUCGCUUCCUCUUUCAAGGCGUUAAGUAAUCGUCUGGUGUUGAAGAAAGCGGUGGUGCCGAUGGGAUUGAAUCACAGGGUUACUAAUAGUCUUCCUUUUUGCACUCGCCCUCUUUAUGAGUGCAGUCGCGCUCUUUUUGAUAGCUGGUGUGCAAAAAAUGGUAAAAAAUAUUCUUGUGAUGAAGAAAAAGAGUACAGAUAUAAGUUAUUCGAAAAAACCUGCGAACGUGUGAACCGGCAUAACUCGGAUCCCAGAACCACUCACACAACGGGUCUCACAAUUUUCGCCGAUAUAACCCGUGAUGAGUUCCUGAACAAUUAUGUGCAGCAGCGUAAUGGAGAUGUGGAAGAAAGACCUGUUAAUCCACCAACCACGGGAAAUGGAAAAGUGAUCGAAAUUCACUCAAUGGGCAAGUGGAAGCAGCAUUUCCGGAACUGUGUCAAGUCAAAGAAACUGGUAGUGGCAUAUUUCAUGAAGCCAUCCGGAGAACAAUGUUACGUAGCCAAUAUGGCAAAGAAGAGAACCGAUGUUAUAUUCCUGAAGAUCGACGCUAAUGAGCUGAAGUUAUGUAACACUUUGCAACCUUUUUUUGCUAGUCCCAACAUUUUCGGAAAUUUGAUAUUUGCUGAAUUGAAUUGUGUGCAGACUCUUGCUUGUGACUACACAAUUGAGGAUGUGCCCACGUUUGUGUUCCUGAAACAAGGGAAGGAAGUCGAUAGGUGUGUGGCUCCUGUCAUCAAUCAUCUACGCAGGAAAAUUGACCGUCUUGCAUGGUGAGUUUGGAGAUUUGGAUACGGAAGAGUGUUUGUACUGCUACUGCUCAAGGAAGGUGUUACUAUCCAUCUGUGGACUAGUUUUAUGUGUUUGCUUUCUCUAUUUUUCUUCUUCUCGUUUUUAUAUUAAGUUGAAACUUAUUUCUCUUAUUAAGUUGAAACUUAUUAAGUAUUGGUGAGUUUAGUAUGGAUAAUUUUGUAUUUCAUCAAACUUAUUAAGUAUUG